AUGUUUACCACCCCGGAGUCUGGCCCUCAAUGUUCACCACCCCGGAGUCUGGCCCUCAAUGUUCACCACCCCGGAGUCUGGCCCUCAAUGUUCACCACCCGGAGUCUGGCCCUCAAUGUUCACCACCCCGGAGUCUGGCCCAAAAUGUUCACCACCCCGGAGUCUGGCCCAAAAUGUUCACCACCCCGGAGUCUGGCCCACAAUGUUCACCACCCCGGAGUCUGGCCCAAAAUGUUCACCACCCCGGAGUCUGGCCCACAAUGUUCACCACGCCGGAGCCUGGCCCUCAAUGUUCACCACGCCGGAGUCUGGCCCUCAAUGUUCACCAUCCGGAGCCUCCUGGACCUCAAUGUUCACCACGCCGGAGCCUGGCCCUCAAUGUUCACCACGCCGGAGCCUGGCCCUCAAUGUUCACCACCCCGGAGCCUGGCCCUCAAUGUUCACCACCCCGGAGCCUGGCCCUCAAUGUUCACCACCCCGGAGCCUGGCCCACAAUGUUCACCAUCCCGGAGCCUGGCCCUCAAUGUUCACCACCCCGGAGCCUGGCCCUCAAUGUUCACCACCCCGGAGCCUGGCCCUCAAUGUUCACCACCCCGGAGCCUGGCCCUCAAUGUUCACCACCCCGGAGCCUGGCCCACAAUGUUCACCACCCCGGAGCCUGGCCCACAAUGUUCACCACCCCGGAGUCUGGCCCUCAAUGUUCACCACCCCGGAGUCUGGCCCAAAAUGUUCACCACCCCGGAGUCUGGCCCAAAAUGUUCACCACCCCGGAGUCUGGCCCAAAAUGUUCACCACCCCGGAGUCUGGCCCAAAAUGUUCACCACCCCGGAGUCUGGCCCUCAAUGUUCACCACCCCGGAGUCUGGCCCACAAUGUUCACCACGCCGGAGCCUGGCCCUCAAUGUUCACCACGCCGGAGUCUGGCCCUCAAUGUUCACCACGCCGGAGUCUGGCCCUCAAUGUUCACCACGCCGGAGUCUGGCCCUCAAUGUUCACCACGCCGGAGUCUGGCCCUCAAUGUUCACCAUCCCGGAGCCUCCUGGCCCUCAAUGUUCACCAUCCGGAGCCUCCUGGCCCUCAAUGUUCACCACGCCGGAGCCUGGCCCUCAAUGUUCACCACGCCGGAGCCUGGCCCUCAAUGUUCACCACCCCGGAGCCUGGCCCACAAUGUUCACCACCCCGGAGACUGGCCCUCAAUGUUCACCACCCCGGAGCCUGGCCCACAAUGUUCACCACCCCGGAGCCUGGCCCUCAAUGUUCACCAAGCCGGAGCCUGGCCCUCAAUGUUCACCACCCCGGAGCCUGGCCCACAAUGUUCACCACCCCGGAGCCUGGCCCUCAAUGUUCACCAAGCCGGAGCCUGGCCCUCAAUGUUCACCAUCCCGGAGCCUCCUGGCCCUCAAUGUUCACCACGCCGGAGCCUGGCCCUAAGUGUUCACCACCCCGGAGGCUCCUGGCCCUCAAUGUUCACCACGCCGGAGCCUGGCCCUCAAUGUUCACCAUCCCGGAGCCUGGCCCACAAUGUUCACCAACCCGGAGCCUGGCCCACAAUGUUCACCACCCCGGAGCCUGGCCCUCAAUGUUCACCACCCCGGAGCCUGGCCCUCAAUGUUCACCACGCCGGAGCCUGGCCCUCAAUGUUCACCACCCCGGAGCCUGGCCCUCAAUGUUCACCACCCCGGAGCCUGGCCCUCAAUGUUCACCACCCCGGAGCCUGGCCCUAAGUGUUCACCACCCCGGAGGCUCCUGGCCCUCAAUGUUCACCACGCCGGAGCCUGGCCCUCAAUGUUCACCUCGCCGGAGCCUGGCCCUCAAUGUUCACCACCCCGGAGCCUGGCCCUCAAUGUUCACCACCCCGGAGCCUGGCCCUCAAUGUUCACCACCCCGGAGCCUGGCCCUAAGUGUUCACCACCCCGGAGGCUCCUGGCCCUCAAUGUUCACCACCCCGGAGCCUGGCCCUAAGUGUUCACCACCCCGGAGGCUCCUGGCUCUCAAUGUUCACCACCCCGGAGCCUGGCCCACAAUGUUCACCACCCCGGACCCUGGCCCUCCAUGUUCACCACCCCGGAGCCUGGCCCACAAUGUUCACCACCCCGGAGCCUGGCCCACAAUGUUCACCACCCCGGAGCCUCCUGGCCCACAAUGUUCACCACCCCGGAGCCUGGCCCACAAUGUUCACCACCCCGGAGCCUGGCCCACAAUGUUCACCACCCCGGAGCCUGGCCCUCAAUGUUCACCACGCCGGAGCCUGGCCGACAAUGUUCACCACGCCGGAGCCUGGCCCUCAAUGUUCACCACCCCGGUGCCUCCUGGCCUUCAAUGUUCACCACCCCGGAGCCUCCUGGCCCUCAAUGUUCACCACGCCGGAGCCUCCUGGCCCUCAAUGUUCACCACGCCGGAGCCUCCUGGCCCUCAAUGUUCACCACGCUGGAGCCUCCUGGCCCUCAAUGUUCACCACCCCGGAGCCUGGCCCUCAAUGUACACCACGCCGGAGCCUCCUGGCCCACAAUGA